GAGAAUUUUCCUUUUGUCUCAGUGUCAUGUUGUUCUCGGAAACCAACGGAACUCUUCUUGACCAGAUUCCAUAAACACCGAAUAAGGAGAAGAGAAGGAGAAGGAGAAGAAAAGAAAAGAAUUGAGAGAAAGAGAGAGAAAAGAAAGAGAGAAAAAAAAAAAUUGGAAAAAUAUUUAUUCGUAACGGAAAUCCAACGUUGUGAAGUGAAACGAAAAGAAAGGAGAGAAGAGAGGAAGAAAGGAGAGAGAGAGAGAGAGAAACAAAGAAAAUCCCGUUUUAUUAUCAUGGGCCGUUUUAAUGAGGUCUGCUGUCCUCAGCAUCCAGAAGCACACUUAAUAGAGGAUUACCGUGCUGGUGACCAGAUCUGCUCAGAAUGUGGUCUGGUUGUAGGUGACAGAGUGAUUGAUGUGGGUUCAGAGUGGCGUACAUUCAGCAAUGAAAAGGCCAACAGUGACCCUUCCCGUGUGGGAGGUGCGGAAAACCCACUCCUUAAUGGCUCUGAUCUUUCCACCAUUAUUGGACCCGGCACAGGCAGCGCAUCAUUCGAUGGGUUUGGAGGGUCCAAAUAUCAGAACAGAAGAUCUAUGUCAGGUUCAGACCGUGCCCUCAUCAAUGCCUUCCGAGAGAUCAGUAACAUGGCAGACAAGAUCAACCUGCCAAAAGCCAUUACUGACAGAGCAAAUAUGUUGUUCAAACAGGUGCACGAUGGCAAAAAUUUGAAAGGACGUAGCAAUGAUGCCAUCGCGUCAGCUUCCUUAUACAUAGCCUGUCGACAGGAGGGAGUACCCAGAACCUUCAAAGAAAUUUGUGCUGUGAGCAAGAUUAGUAAGAAAGAGAUUGGACGCUGCUUCAAACUCAUCUUGAAGGCUCUGGAAACCCAAGUAGAUCUCAUCACCACUGGAGACUUCAUGUCAAGGUUUUGCUCGAAUCUUGGCCUCCCGACAGCUGUCCAGAAGGGUGCCACCCACAUUGCCAGGAAAGCUGUUGAUUUGGACAUCGUUCCUGGAAGGUCACCCAUUUCUGUAGCAGCAGCAGCAAUUUACAUGGCCUCCCAGGCUUCAGAGGACAAGCGAACUCAGAAGGAAAUUGGUGAUAUUGCUGGUGUUGCAGACGUCACCAUCAGACAGUCGUACAAGCUUAUGUACCCAAGAGCAAAGGAACUUUUCCCAGAAGACUUCAAGUUCUAUACACCUGUGGAGCAGCUGCCACAGUUAUAGAGUUCGUGUUUUACAGAGGAGCUCUUUGGAGAUGUCAUUAACAUUUACAUAUAGUGGGUUUGACCCCCAUUUUAUAGGAAUAAGUACCUUGGAAGUUUUUUAUUUUGAUUUUUUACCCCCUGUUAGGUUCUUAAGUUAAUGAGUUUCUUGAGAGGAUUGACAUAGUAGCAAGAAAGCAGUUAAUACUCAUUAAAAAUGAAGGGGUAAGAAAGUGAUGUGGAUGAGGCAGAGAUUUUUAAGAAUGCCAUGAGGUUUACUCUUGAAAAUCAAAUAUACCAUAUAUCUUUUAUUGCUUUAUGAAAACACAAAAUUAUAUUCUUUGUAAAUUGUCAGGAGAUUCCUUGCUUAUUAGCAAUUUUAAUAGAUAAAAGUUUGCAUUCAAAGAUUAUUUUCUUUUGUGUUUUCUAAAAAGUGUAAAAAAAAAAACAAAAAGCAAAACCAGAAAAAAGGAAAUCUUUUUAUGUUGUGUAACCUUACUGAUUACUGAGAAAUCAUUUUAACUGAUCACAAAAUGAAAGACAGAGUGAAUUGUGAAAAAAAGAAGAGGGGGUUAAAAAAAAAAACAAAAGCAAAAAAAAAAAAAAAAAAAAAAAAAAAACUUUGGAAAACUUACGUAUUUGUUUAUAUAUGUAUAUUUAUACAUUAAUGUAUACAAGAUUAUUGAUGUAUAAUGAGGGUUAAAGAUUUAUUAACAUGUAUGUAGCAUUUGAUGGAUUGUUUUUCCAAAGGGUAAUUACUGAAAUAGAAUUAUUUUAUAUAUCCCAGAAAGGAACUUGUGUAAUGAUUAAUAGCAGGAAGUUCGCCCAAGUGUAGAUGCAGAAACAUGUAGUGUGAUAUAUAAGCCUCUUGUUAUUGGAUGUUCUAUCAUUUUAUUUUUUUAUUUAAUUAUUUUUUUUUUUUAUGAGGUAGGUUGCUAAAAUACAAACAGAAAGGAAACAAUUCAUUCAUGUGUCUGAAGAAGGGAAAAAAAAGAAAGUUGGAAUCGCCAUGGGCCCUUGGGAUUUGUACCUUUUGUACGUAGGCAUAACUAUUACAGCAUGCCUUGGUCAGUAUCAAAUGUUUUUUAGAAGUAAAUGAACCCUCUGAAUGUUUGUAGGUUAUUGGGCAAUGUAGAUGAAAAGAAAGUACAAAAUAAAUACUUUUUUGACAAUGGACUCUUAUGAUGAUUGGUAUUUAUUAUUAUAGGUAUUAUUGGUAAUUGUUUCUUGUUUAUGUUAGCACUAUUAUGAUAUUUGUUGUUGUUGCUUUUAUUAUUAUUAUUAUUAUUAUUAUUAUUAUUAUUAUUAUUAAUCAUUUUUAUCGUUAUUAUUAUUAUUACUAUUAAUCAUUAUCAUUAUUAUUAUAUUAUUAUAUUAUUAUGUUAUUGAUUAAUGAACUUUAUCACUAUUAGUAAUAUCAUUAUUGGUUAUAUUAGUUAAUUAUUCUUGUGUUAUGAUUACUACUAUUGCAGUGCUAAUUUUCAUUACUAUAUAUUCAGAUGCAUUACCAUUCAUUGUGAUUAUUAUGAAUAGGAUGUACUCUCAACAACCCCUUGUGCCUCUUAUAGAUUAUGUUAUGUACUCAAAGUAAUUGUGAUUUGUGUAGUUUUGUAUGUGUUCAUUGUUUAUCAUCAUUUCCAAUAUCAUAUCACAAAUUUGCCACAAAUGUUCAGCUCUGCAUCAAGAAAUAACUUGAAAGGAAGAUAAGAAAUGGAAACUACAAAUGAACAGUUAAAGUGAUAUAGAACAAGUGAUAGAAGGUAAACAUGAGAAGAUUUCAUGCGUUUUAUCUCCAUUCCAUUGUUAAGGCCCCGAAAUUAUGAAGAAAAAAUAAAACCAAAUAAAAUACAAAUAAAAUAAGAUAAAAUGAAUAAAAAAAAAACAUAUAUGGCAUAGUUAUUAUUUUUUAUAUUGAUAAUCAUGGUAAAUAUGUAAAUAAUAACCAUACAAACUUGUCAUGCGUUUAAAGUGGGAAGUUUGUCUGUCCCUGUUGUUAGCAGUGACAAAAACAUUUUGUAAGGUGAAUAUUUUUAAAGGAAGGAUGUCGGUAAAAACUCUUCGUUUUAUGGAUAGAGUUCCUUUGAUUUCGGACAGUUGGAAGGGGGUCAGGGGGGGGAACAGAGCUCUUCUGGUGGGUUGUAUAGUUAAAUUUGAGUAGGACAAUAAUUGCUGUUAUACUAUUAUCAUUAUUAUUUUAUUAUUCAUAUUUAUUGAUAAUCAAAUUUCCUUGCUUGUCACACAAUAUUUUGUAAGGUUUAAUUUUGUUCACAACUUUUAUUUAUUUAUUAUUAUUUUUUUUCCCAUGGAAUGAGUAACCAUUUUGGGGCAAAGAUAAGGUAAUACCCAUUCAACUGUUGGGUUCACUCUAUCAAGGAGAAUGAGAAGGGCUCUUUCUCGGUACGGACCCUCGAAGUGGCUGAAGUGGUGAGGGAAGGUGCCCUCUUCGCUGUCCCAGUUUAGGAAUGCUAAGUUUUUAACAGCAGUGAGUUUAUAUACAGACGGAAAUAACUAUCAACAAGCUAAGAUUUUUGUGUUGAACUGUAGUCAAUUGCAGAUGCUUCUGUAUUUAUUUUGGCAUUUUGUAUCCAAAUAUAUUGGAAAAGGCACCA